AUGGCAGAUUGCGCUGUGACCGCUACGGAUAUCCUAGCCCUCGAUAUCUACUCUAGCGCUGACUGCGAGGGAGCGCCCGAUGCGCUGGUGCUCUGGCCGUCGACGGACUGUACGGAGAGCGGGAGUAUCGAAUACUGCGAAGAAGCUGAAGAAGGAUAUCAAGCCGCCAGCUGCGUUUCGGAUCCGUACGCUCAUACUGCAGAGGUCUUUGGGGACGUGCCCUACGUGCUGGUGGACGUGUUUAACGAUACCGAGUGUGGGGUGUACUCGGGCUCGUUUGCACUGCGCGCGAAUGGCGACUGCAUCGUACGCGGGCAAACCUCGGUCAAGGUUGUGAUGAACACCAACGGGUCUGCCACGGUGGAGGAGUACACUGGAGAAAGCUGCAGUGCCCAAGACCUCAUCGAAGGCGACCUCGUUGAAGCUAGCUGGUUCGACAGCUACAUUUGUGCCGACGAGGGAUUCGUGUUCUACAACAACGCAUACCCGGGGACGAGCGGCAGCGGCAGCUUAGCCGUUGCUCACAGCGAAGGCCGCCACCAUUUCAAGUCUCACCUAACGACGUACCUAGCUUCGCUGAGGAUGUAA